AAAGCUGCCUUUGCUUAGCUUUGCUUUGCUUUUUGUUCGGUCUCUGAUAUCUUCGGCGACAGCUCAGGUUCCCUCCACCUUGAUCUUCUCCAGCUCGGACCCCAAGAUACUACACCCUUUCUCUUCCUUUCCAUUUCACAGCUUUCCAUCCAUUUUUCACCGCCGGUAACUUAUUCGGUCACAGCCACGUACGGUGGCACUCUUACCCCAGUUGCUUGCAGAGGAUUUCCGGUUCCCGAGCUUGGGGAAUUUGGAUUCCGAGGUGGGAUUGGAUUGGAAUUGGAAUCUCUUUGUCAUAGUUCUUUAUUUUCCGCAGUUGCUGAUUCGAAUCUUCAGCUGCAGAAAAUCUGAUUUUUAGGUUCUUUUGGGGAGUUUAUUCUGGGAAUUCAGAGUUAUUAUCAGUAAGCUUUGAGCUGUGGGUGUGAAUUCUCUCCAAUAUUUGAGCUUUGUCUCUCUACCAAAAGAGAAAUAGCUGGAAAAAGUGACUUUUUCUCUGCUGGGCUUCUUUAAGCUGGUGAAGUUGCAUAGUUAAAUGCUUCGGGACAUAGCUAGUAGUGGGUUGUGUUUUGCAGUAGGGAGAUGGGGUUUGAUUGCAAGGAUUCAAUGUGAAUAGGGUAGGCUUUGUAUUGAGCAUCGAAGGCGAUUCUUAAAGCCCUUGUUGGUAAUUGGGCAAUGGGUUUCAACUAGAACUGUUUGAAUGGUGUAUAUCUUAGUGGAACUGAGCAGGUGAUUGAAUUUCUUUCUUCAUAGUUCGAUUGGCUCCUUCAUAUCUAUCAGCAUGAAGGCGCCCCCAAAUGGGUUUUCGCCAAAUUCUGGAGAAGGAGAGAGGAAGAGUAUUAAUUCAGAGUUAUGGCAUGCUUGUGCGGGACCUCUGGUUUCUUUGCCUCCAGUUGGAAGUCUUGUAGUUUACUUUCCUCAAGGCCACAGCGAGCAAGUUGCAGCAUCAAUGCAAAAGGAGACUGAUUUCAUACCCAACUACCCUAACCUUCCUCCAAAGCUGAUUUGCAUGCUUCAUAAUGUCACAUUGCAUGCUGAUCCUGAAACUGAUGAGGUUUAUGCACAGAUGACCCUUCAACCCGUAAACAAAUAUGACAAGGAAGCAUUACUGGCAUCUGACUUGGGCCUCAAGCAAAGCAGACAACCUUCUGAGUUCUUCUGCAAAACUCUUACAGCUAGUGAUACGAGUACACAUGGUGGAUUUUCAGUACCUCGUCGAGCAGCUGAGAAGAUCUUCCCGGCUCUAGAUUUUUCAAUGCAACCCCCAGCUCAGGAGUUAGUAGCUAGAGACUUACAUGACAGUCCGUGGACAUUCAGGCAUAUUUAUCGCGGCCAACCAAAAAGGCACCUGCUGACUACAGGUUGGAGUGUCUUUGUUAGCACAAAAAGACUCUUUGCUGGAGAUUCUGUGCUUUUUAUAAGAGAUGAAAAAUCCCAGCUUCUCCUGGGCAUAAAGCGUGCGAAUAGACAGCAGCCAGCUCUCUCCUCAUCAGUCAUAUCCAGUGAUAGCAUGCAUAUCGGAAUUCUUGCUGCUGCAGCUCAUGCUGCUGCAAAUAACAGUCCAUUUACUAUAUUUUACAACCCAAGGGCCAGCCCUUCUGAGUUUGUGAUUCCCUUAGCCAAGUAUAAUAAAGCAAUGUAUACCCAAGUUUCACUUGGCAUGCGAUUUAGAAUGAUGUUUGAGACUGAGGAGUCAGGAGUACGCAGAUACAUGGGUACAAUUACUGGUAUCAGUGAUUUGGAUCCUUUGCGAUGGAAAAAUUCACAGUGGCGCAAUCUUCAGGUUGGAUGGGAUGAAUCAACAGCUGGUGAACGGCCAAGCCGAGUUUCGAUCUGGGAAAUUGAACCUGUUGUAACUCCUUUCUACAUAUGUCCGCCUCCGUUUUUCAGACCCAAGUUUCCCAGACAACCAGGGAUGCCAGAUGAUGAGUCUGACAUAGAGAAUGCUUUCAAGAGAGCCAUGCCCUGGCUUGGCGAUGACUUUGGCAUGAAGGAUGCCUCUGGCUCAAUCUUUCCUGCUUUGAGUUUGGUGCAGUGGAUGAGCAGGCAGCAAAAUAAUCAGUUUUCAGCUGCUCAAUCUGGAUUUUUCCCAUCCAUGGUUUCUUCAACUGUAAUGCACAAUAACCUUAAUGCUGAUGAUCCAUCUAAAUUAUUGAGUUUUCAAGCCCCUGUCAUGUCUUCACCAAGUCUCCAGUUUAACAAAGCAAAUCCACAAAACCAAGUCAGUCAAUUGCAACAGCAACCUGUCACAUGGCCCCAACAGCAGCACCUCCAGCAAUUAUUGCAGAAUCCUACUAACCAACAGCAGCUACAGCAACAUCAGCAACAGCAAGAACUACAACAGCUGCCACAGCAGCAGCAACUGCAGCAACAGCAGCAGCAACUGCAGCCGCAAUUACAGCAACAGCAGCCUCAUCAGCAACUACAGCAACAGCAGCCUCAUCAGCAACUACAGCAACAGCAGCCUCAACAGCAACGACAGCAACAACAGCAACAGAUAUGUCAUCCGGGUCUUGUAAAUAAUGGUAUUGUUGCUCCUAACCAGAUCCCAAAUCAGAGUUUGCAGCAACCAGUUCUAUACUCUCAGCUUCAACAACAGCAAAUACUGACAGGCAAUACCCAAUCUCAGCAGAGUAUCCACUCUAACAGUAAAAGUUCAUUGCAGUUGACAUCUGUACCACAAGACUCGCAGUUUCAGCAACAAAUUGAACCGCAAUCAUGUCUCUUACAAAGGCACCAGCAGCAGGCACAAUUGCAACAGUCCCCACUGCAGUUGUUGCAGUUGCAACAAAGCCUAUCACAGAGAGCACAGCAGCAGCCACAAGGCCUUCCGGAGCAACAAAUUCAGUUACAGUUGCUACAGAAAUUUCAACAGCAACAACAGCAGCAGCAAUUGCUCCCCCCAGCAAGCUCACUUUUGCAGCCUCAGUUGCUACACCAACAGCAGCCCAAUCAGCAAAACCAGCAAGUACAACAACUUCCUUUGUCUCAACAUCCGCAGCAACAGCUAAGCAGCAAUAGCUUCUCAACAGAGAAGCUUCUCAAUGGUAAUAGCUUCUCAACUUCUGCACUGAUGCAAUCUCAACAGAUUCAUUUGAACCAGCCUCAGAGCCAGCAGAAGCCACUUACAGCAAUCGGAGCCCAUUCUGGUCUCACAGAAGGAGAUGCUCCUUCGUGUUCAACCUCACCUUCUACUAAUAAUUGCCAGGUUCCCCCAUCCAACCUCCUGAACAGAAACCAACAAGGACCAGCCAUGUUACUGGGGGAUUCAUUGGUUGAGCCUGCGAGUAAUCUGAUUCAGGAGCUGCAGAGCAAAUCUGAUAUACAGAUCAAACACGAGUUGCCUUGCUCAAAAGGACCAGACCAGCUAAAAUAUAAAAGCACCAUCACAGAUCAGUUGGAAGCAUCCUCUUCUGGAACAUCAUAUUGUCUGGAUGCUGGUACCAUCCAGCAGAACUUCUCAAUCCCCACCUUUGGUUUAGAUGGUGAUGUCCAAUCGCAUCCUCGGAACAAUCUCUCAUUUGUAGCUAAUGUUGAAGGAUUGGCACCUGACACUUUGUUGUCGAGGGGGUAUGACUCUCAAAAAGAUCUUCAGAACUUACUUUCUAAUUAUGGUGGUACUCCAAGAGAUAUUGAAGCAGAGUUAUCCACUGCUGGGAUUAGCUCUCAGACAUUUGGGGUGCCAAACAUGCCUUUCAAGCCUGGAUGUUCAAGUGAUGUUGCUAUCAACGACACUGGAGUUUUGAGCGGCGGAUUGUGGGCUAACCAGAAUCAACGAAUGCGAACAUUUACCAAGGUUCAAAAGCGUGGCUCUGUGGGGAGAUGUAUUGAUGUAACACGUUACAAAGGGUAUAAUGAGCUCAGGCGUGAUCUUGCUCGCAUGUUCGGAAUUGAAGGGCAGCUAGAAGAUCCACAACGGAACGACUGGAAACUUGUUUAUGUGGAUCAUGAGAAUGACAUUCUUCUUGUUGGUGACGAUCCUUGGGAGGAGUUCGUAAGUUGUGUUCAGAGCAUAAAGAUAUUGUCAUCUGCUGAAGUACAGCAGAUGAGUUUAGACGGAGAUCUAGGUAAUGUCCCUGUCCCAAAUCAAGCCUGUAGUGGGACUGACAGUGGUAAUGCAUGGAGGUAUGAUGAUAACUCUGCUGCCUCAUUUAAUCGAUAGGGGUUCUCAAGAAUGCGGUUUUCUGGCACAGAUCACGGUUUGUUUAAGAUUUUAUCUGAGUAUCUAGUUGCCUUCUCCCAGCUCUAGCAGGAGAUGUAAAGGGAGCCUCUCCCCUCCCCCCCAUAAAAUAUUAGUUACUUGGUAACAGAACAACGUUGUUAUUGAUCUUACCCCAUAAACAAGACACCAAGUUCUACUUGGGGUUGGGGGGGGGGAGCUUUUCGUAAAUACUGGUGCUGACUUUGAGCUCAAGCCGACAUUCAUUCCAUGCUUGAUCCAAUGAUCCUUGCACCUGCUUUCGUAGCUACUGUUAGCUUGGAAGGGGCGAUUUUUUACGGCAAGAUGCAUCAAGAAAAAGUAGAUGAGAUGUAUGAUAUGAUUCCUUAACCCUUUCUUAACUGAUUUGACAUUCACUUUCGUGGCUGUUUGUAUAUGCUAAGAUGGAGACAAAUGUGCAACAGAAUGUGCAGUAGUUGCAGUAUGACUUCCGACCGGACAUAUUUAUGCACCAUAUAUGGCGCCAUUUAUAAGUUUUGUAACCAGUGCUUGCUAUUUUCCCACGAGAUAAUUACUGGACAGUUUCAUCUUCAGGGAAGAAAUUCAGAUUACAAUUAUGUUCUCUUUCAACAAUGCAAUAAUGCUCUUCUAGUGA